AUUUAUUCGGCGAGUGCGCUGAGCAGACGGAGCCGAGGAAGUCAGACCUGUCUGGUACGGCGAGGGAGAACCAGAAGAAACCAGCGAACAGCCUGGCCUCGCCUAGCUGACACCCCGAGGGUUGGGCUCUCAUAUCGACCGUACCCUGAACCUGGGAGUCAAUCGCUGGGCUGGUGAAAAGCAACUGUUACGAACAGCCCUGGGAACUACCAUCAAAAGAACUAAGUUGUCCGGCAUCAGGCAGGGAAUCCGCCAGCGAGCAAGUCCAGCAACACCGGGAUACACUUUCGCUCGCCAUUUUAUACCAGCACGCCGCUCGCUCUGCCUCAGGAAGGGAGGAUACUCGUCUUUUCUCUACCUACAGGGGUUCCAUGUAGCAGAGACUUUCGCCAUAGCUUGCCUUGUAACUUGGAGGAUCCAUGACCUUGUCUAAGUCUUUCUGAAGCAAACGCUGAGCGGAACUGCCUGUACUUUGUGGACUAGUCGCUAUCUGGAUCAAGGAAAAGCAAAGAUCCAAGUAUAUCGUCACAGGUUUCGGAUAUGUCAGGGACGAAGAUUCCGUGUUUUGGUGGGCAAUGAUCUAUGUGUCCAUUCCUACCACUUUCAGGAGGGGCAAUCACAACAUCGACGGCUGGUUCAAAACAAUGUGGCUCUCAGCUUCCAUGAACUUCUCGACAUUGAGACAUCAACGUUGUCCUAGGACAAGCGAGUUUCCGGCUUGCUGAUAAACACAUCUACCUGAGAUCUUGUUCCGCCAUUUUUUCUGAACUGUCCUCCAGAUAUUUCCCUUGCAUUUUCUGAGGUUCUGAUGUUGGCCGUAUGUCAAGCUGUCAGCGAGCUUUCUAAAUGACAUCCGGAGGCGGUCGCUUUGAUUUCGACGAUGGGGGAACGUACUGUGGGGGAUGGGAAGAUGGUAAGGCACACGGUCACGGGGUGUGUACAGGCCCCAAGGGACAAGGGGAAUACUCCGGGGCCUGGCAGUGUGGCUUCGAGAUCUCAGGCGUGUACACGUGGCCCAGUGGAAAUAAUUAUGAAGGGCAGUGGUUUCAGGGCAAACGUCAUGGCCUUGGGGUGGAGGCCAAAGGACGCUGGGUAUACCGUGGAGAAUGGACGCAGGGGUUCAAAGGCCGCUACGGCGUACGUCAGAGCACGUCAUCGGGCGCGCGCUACGAAGGCACUUGGACCACAGGGCUCCAGGAUGGAUACGGUUGUGAGACCUAUGCAGAUGGAGCUUUGCGGAAUGACCAAUUGACAGCAGCCGAAAACGGUUCUUACCAAGGCCAGUGGCUCCGUGGCAUGCGACAUGGCUACGGCGUUCGACAGAGCGUCCCGUAUGGUCUAGCUUCCCACUACCGACCGAAGGCCUUGCGGGACUCACUGACGUCACUACGUAGCGAGAAUGAGGACGAACAAGUGGUGAAGAACAGAGACCGGAAGUUGGAUGAGAGUCGCGGUGGCUUCGUCCUCAAGGCCAAAAGUGACGAGACACCUCCGGCCAGAAGACGUUCCCUUUUCGAUCGCAAAGGAAACACAGGAGGAAGUUUAAGAAAGACAAUUUUCUCGGGUUUAAAAUUGAAGAAACAGAAAAGUACCGGUGAUAUCAAUGACUCUCCCAAACGACAGACGGGCUCGGUGCGGAGUACGAUUAGCAACAUCAGUCACGUGAGCGCAGACUCGACGCAGUCGGGUAUGACGAACGCUUCCGUGUACACGGAUAGUAAUCUUAGUUUCGUCAGUCAGGAUGACAUCACGGACGUCAAUGUGACGGAGACGUAUAUGGGUGAAUGGAAAAACGACAAAAGAUCGGGAUUUGGAAUCAGUGAACGUUCCGACGGCUUAAAGUACGAGGGAGAGUGGUAUAAUAAUAAAAAGUACGGCUACGGUGUGACCAGCUUUAAAGACGGCACCAAAGAGGAAGGGAAAUACAAGAAUAACGUUUUGAUUUCGUCAGGCAAAAAGAACAAAUUGUUUUUGAUAAGAACUUCCAAGCUUAGAGAACGUGUGGAUAAUGCAGUGUUGUCCUCCCAGCGAGCCGCUCAGAUUGCCUUACAGAAAGCAGACAUCGCCAUCACUAGGAUGGCAAACGCCAGAACCAAGGCUGAACAAGCUGACGCUAUAGCCCAGAAAGCUAGGCAAGACUCUGACGUGGCGAGGCUCAAAGCCAAAGAAUAUGCCCCAGAAUUCCACCAACCAGGAACCGACAUUCUGAAAAAGAAACUUCAGGAAAGUAAUGGCGAGAGUCUAGAGGAGUUCAAAAACGUCAAAAUGCUUCAAAAUCACAACCCUGGCAUACAUUCGCGCUCCAAAUCUGUCAUGCACCGGAAGACGAAUAGAGCGGAUAUCGAAGGAGAGGGACAAAAUGGCCUGUCCCCAAUCACGACACUGUCAUCUGCCUUAGACUGUGCCCUGUCUGGGAGCCGUUCUCGUCUUGGGCCCCCGACGGGCAACUACGAUGCGGAAAACACACUGGGCAAUCCAACCCAGCUUACCGUGGAGCCUCAGUUGUUAAAUGUGAACUACCACAGUCCAAAGAGUUCGGCCGAAAAUAUGUCAGCUAGCACCCCUACCCAUAGUCGUAGUCCCUCCCUCAAGAUUCGACGCUAUAGCUUUCUGGCGGGUUCCAGAAGAGGACGUGGCUUUAGUGAACUGUUCAAUUCCACAAUUCUCAAUGAUCAUUUUGAUCAGUAUGCUACUCAGCGCGACGAUAGUGGGUUAGGAAGAGAGUUUGUUCCGGGCGACGAGAACAUGGACAAAGGCAAUUCUGCCAGCGACACUUCCCCGGACUCCGGAGUCUCCGACGGCAUGGACGAUGACAACAAGACCCGUCCAAUGCAGAGGCGACGCACACUGCCAUCCAUUAUCAAGAGAGACGAGGACGAAGAGAAACCAAAAGCCCUGCCUGAGAAGGAGACUGCUCAUAGUAACGAAAACAUUGCUAAAAAGGACGUAGAAACAUACAUCAUCGAGAACGGUAUUCGAAAACGGCUUAGGGCUGAGCAGCAUGAACACAACCCUGUGAUGGACAACUCAGGAGCCUUGCCAAAAGCAUUUAAAGUGGAGAGCGAUAAACACCUGAAUCGCCAAAACCGCGGAAGUCUUCCAGACAUUAGCAGUAUGAAGGACAACGUGAGCGUGAUGUCACGGGAAGAAGCCUACAAGCUGUCGUCUGCUCGACGGAAUGAGCUGAGACGUUUACAGGAAUUGGAUGAGAAACGUCGACAGGGUGACGUCACAGUGAUACUAGGGGAUCUCAAGGACUGGUGCCAACAGAGGCAGCUGCUAGUGUUGGUGAUAGCUCUCAACGUGAGCCUAGCCACCAUGUUCUUCAAUUUGCUGUCCUAGUCAACAGGCAGAUCUUUCUCACCCUGGUCCUCCUGUUUCCCCUGGCAACCAGCAACCGCCAUGUUGGUUUCACCUCGAGGCUAGCACGCCGUUCCUCUCCCAGAUGUCCGCCGGGCUGGAUGACUCCGGAUUUCUGCGGUGGAAGUUUGAACCCCAAGCUCAGUGGCGACAGCUAGCCCUUGUUUGAAGAUGCUCUCAUCUUGAAGAUGGUUUGUCCGGAAUAUCGCAUCAUUCCUUUGGCCAGUUUGUACUCUCCAUCUUCGUACAGCUCAUAUGACCCAGUUCAUCUCAGGCCUUUUGAGUCUGUCGAGUUCCUCAUGUUGCGUCAAAGUUUGUCUGACUUUGUUGAGUGUGUUCUGAGCAAGGAUUCGUUUUGGAAUUUACCGCCCCUGUAUCUCGAUGCAGACGCGGCGAUGUUUUACAGCGAGUGGGCGAUGUUGACCAUAACCAAUAGCUCCUCGAUAAGAUGCAAUGGAGUUUGUUGCCUUCUGCCUAAAAACGCUCGACAAGAUGAAAAAGACCCUGCAUGAUGCAUUGGUCCCCGACUUGUGAUCCUAAGGAAUCACCUUUAAACUUUGUUUGGACCAAAUCUGAAAAGUUGAUUUUACGGCAGUUUGUGCAGAAUACCUAAGCACAGACAAACCUGGGAGUGUAAUGGUGCAGUGAAUCUGCACGUGGUUUUUCCGUUAUUGUGACAGUCACUUGGUUUCAUUAUCUUUGUUGAAUUCGUGCCUCAAAUUGAACCAGGCGAUCAUUUGACUUAUUUGCUUAUUUAUUGUUACACUUUGAAGGUGUUUGUGUCGUUAGGUCUGGCGUGUAAGGAUGAUCAGAUGUUGACAGCACUAGCCAGGGGUUCCGAAAGCAUGGCAGAAUGAGUUUGUAAGAUUUUCACAGUGUUGUGUAAAAGUAUUUACUUGAGUUUUAUUUAUAUUUUGUCUUUUCACGCUGCAGGUUUUCAGACGUUAGGACUGUUUCCUGUGUUUUAUUUGGCGUAUCGGUAAAUGGCUGGCAUUGUUUGGAUGACUGUAAAUUGAUCGAUACGUUUUCUGGGUGAAUCUGAUAGUCAUUUCAGAAGCACUCGUUUCAGUUUAAAACAUUUGUUGAAAUAUUUUUUUCUUUUUCGUAGUUAUUGUGGAUACGUCUCACAGAUUCCUGUAGGAGAGAUAUUUGUGUGUAAGACUGAUACAGGCAUGUUCCCCACCGGCGUUCCACACCUGAAAUCACUAAUUAAAUAUGCUGAAGCUCAGAUUAAAGCUGUCUGGUCGAAUGACGCAUCAAUAUUGCGUAAAUCCAUAAGUUCAAACGACUGCACAUCUUAAAGAAAGACAAAAAAAAAUCGUAAAAGCAGUUGGAACAUUUGGUUUUGAAGCAGUUUGGGGACUGUAUUCUUUAUUGGUCUAACCCACGCGGUUUUUUUAUUUUAACGAAUUACUAGGCUAUAAAUGGUAGGUGACUGAGCUGACAUAUACGUGUAGGUAAGAAAACUUGCCAAACUGUAAAAGAGCUGACUCUUUUUUUCUCACGCAGGCUCGAAAAGUCCCAAGCGCAUUUGCUACCGUGUUUAGAGUUUUCGAUGUGUACAAUGCAAUACAGAAGGAGGUGACUCUAAGAGAACGCAUUCCCACUCGAUUACAUGAAACCACCUAAACUGAGUUCUUAGGAGUUAUCUCCCUUUGGUUCUGACAACUUGGAACGUAUUGUAUAUGUAUACAAAGGUUAUUUGAAAUGAUUCACCAAUUGUCUCAGGAUGCAUUUGCCAAAGAAUGUCACUAGAAUGGGUUACCUUGAAUUAAACAUUUAUGUACCUGAAAUGACAAUGGAAUGAUUCGGAAUCAACAGUGUAGGUGUGUAAGAUCCGGUACCAACGAAGUGAUUACGUUCUUGUGGCUUCGAGUUUGUUAAAAGAGUCUGUGAAAUCUUGCAAAUCAAUGCAAAUUGACAUGUUUAGGAUUGGACAUCUGCCUUUGAGUAGUGAUGGUAUUUAUCUAGCGGCUAAAAUAAUUAUAUUUACAUGUACAUUAUACCUGCAAACUGUCUUCCUGACGGGGAGUAUGAGAUAAGGGUUAUUGUACGCAUGUCCGGAACACAGAUGUCGUUAUACACUCUUGGAGAACCAAGAUGUAGUAGGUGUCCCUACACAAACAAUGCAGAGUCGCCAGCUAACAGAGAACAAGAUGUGUAGAGCUAAAUAUGCGCAUGACGACAUGCUACAUCGAUGUUUCGUUGUUAAAGAAUAUUUGCACCCAUAAAGCCUUUUUACAAGAAGAAUAUCAACAAUUCAAAGGUGAAAGAAUGGCAAUGCUAUUUUUGAAAAACGUUGUUUGUUUUGUUUCUUACCUCUAUUAAAUUUCUCCCCGUGAUACGUCUAUUUCCUCUAUUUGGCACUUUUGUCAUAUUGUUGGCCACGAUUGUGAUUUUCUCAUGUACAGUUUAGGCGUAGUAUUUCUAGUUAACUGUUUCCCAAUGUAAUGCAAACAGACUUCUGUCACCUGGUUACCCCACCCCCCACUUAAGCUAUAUAUGGAGUGGCAUGCCGCCGUCAUAACUUUAUCUAUAUUUUUCUAAACCACGCCAUGUUGUUAUUAUAAAACAAAGUUUGAAAGCACCAGCCUUGGGUAAUAAGAUUCACUCUUUGUUUUACGGCUAUUUUUGCCACUGCUAUGUUUGACGGGAAAUACAUGGACAAAAGUUUCAGCAGUUUUCUGGCUUUAGAAGUAUUUUUUCCAUUGAAGGCGGAUUUUUGAAAGCGGUACCUGCCGCUGUUGUUGUUUGUUCCAGAUGAGCUAUAAAAAGUGGUUUUAGUUGUGUACAGUGAGGUUUUAUGGAAACCCACCAGCACAGCCUGCAGGUACGCAUACAGCUUAAGGAGUAUCUAUCUGCCUCAGAGUUGUAGUUUCUUUACUAGCGGAACAGAAUGAGGCCUGUCGACUAAAUAGCACGCAAGGGCGCAUGCGUGUGGUUUCAAACGGUGUGCAACUUUCGCUGAGUAUAACAUGUAUCUAGUAAACCGUGAACCAUGGAGUAAAUACAGACUGUCUUUCCUAUCAUGCCGUGUAGGCGGCUCGACAACCACACUAUGUACAAAUUUAGUCACAAAUAAACCAAUGUCUGUUAAAGUUUC